AUGACAUCGUUGUUCGAUUUUGGAUCAAAGGUCGUCAAAGACAUCAAACAUGAGACGGAUUCUGAGGCUCAUCAGUUUUUGAGGAAAUAUAUCGAUGAUAGGCAAGACGUCAACGAAUCUGGACCUACGAUACCCGGUAUCUUACAUCCCGGAGGAACAGGCGUCAAGGCGGACCAGAGGUCGGUCCGUUACCUGACGGACCACCUCGACCUCAAAACGAUAGAUCUGAGUCAAUGGGGAGAUGAAGUGAAUGAAUAUGGACCUACGACGGGGAUCAAAGAAUUGAGAGAAGCUGUUGCUGAAUUAUACAAUGAGGAAUAUAGACAAGACCAAGAAUCGAAAUAUACUUAUGAGAAUGUUUGCAUCACUCCUGGAGGAAGAGCGGGUAUGGCAAGGUUGGCAGCUGUCAUCGGGGAUGUAUACUGUGCCUAUCAGAUACCUGAAUAUACAACAUAUUUGGAAGUUUUGUCGGUAUUCAAAAGACUUAUACCUAUACCCACCGCUUUAGAUGCCAGAGACAAAUACAAGCUGAACUUGGAACAAUUGAAAGCAGAGAUAGAGAAUUUGAACCUUAGUGUAGUGAUAGCUUCAAAUCCUCGUAAUCCCACUGGACAAUGUAUAUCUGGAGACGAACUGCGUGACCUCGUACAUCUAGCUAGGGAGAAGACGACGGUCAUAUUGGAUGAAUUUUAUAGUUGGUAUCAGUACCCUGAUGAUCCCAAGGAGCUGGGGACUAGCUUGAGCGGUGCGAGAUAUGUCGAAGAUGUUAAUGAGGAUCCGGUGAUUCUGCUUAAUGGGUUGACCAAAGGAUUCCGAUUACCAGGUUGGAGAGUAUGCUGGGUAGUAGCUCCCAAGAAUGUAAUCAGUGCUAUCUCACAAUCUGGCAGUUUCUUAGAUGGAGGUGCAUCGCAUGUAUUGCAGAAAGCCGCUAUACCUUUAUUAGACUACGAGAGAGUUCAACAAGAUAAGAUAUCACUCCAGAUAGCUUUCCGGAUCAAACGAGACCAUGUACUCGAUAGAUUAGAAAAGAUGGGAUUAAAAGUUUCCAUACCGCCCGUAGCGACGUUCUACAUAUGCUGUGAAAAGAAAAAACCAUUUGUGUUCCUGGAAUAUUUUUCGAUAUUCAUCCUUCUCAUCGACUUGUCGGAGUUGGACAGAGGGUUGGAUGCGAUUGAAAGAUUGUUGAAGAAGUAUAGAGAGACCCCUCAUUUGCUAGGUAUCGACUUUCAACCUUCUCCCACGAGGAAUUGA